AUCCUACGGAGUAGCAGCGGGGUUGUCGUGCUCCUUCACGAGCUCGAGUCACUUAUAAAUUCCGUUCCCUCCUUAUAAAAGCAUUUCCUAUAAAGCCCGAAGACUCUGAAGGACAAUAUACUACCUAAUAUCCAGAGCAUUAAUUAUCGACAACCUCCUCCAUCUAUUGACAACCAUUUGAAGCAACCCCUCCUAACCUACGCCAACCACCCACACCGCCGCAAUAAUGUCCUCACCAAUCUCCAAUGAAACAUUCACCACCCCCCCCGUUGACCGCACCGAAGUCGCAACUCUAAUCACCAACUCCCUCGCCGCCCGCUCCCCCGCCCCCUUCCCCAAAGCCAGCACCCUCGCCGCCCUCACCCCAACCCUCCUCACCCACCUCCCACCCCACGGCACCCCCCCCAACACCCUAACCCACCUUCUCACCCUCCCCCCCGCCUUCUCCUCCCCCUCCCUCACCCCCGCCUUCUACGCCUUCGUCACCGGCUCCACCCUCCCCAUCGCCGCCGCAGCCGACAACCUCGCCACCGCCAUCGACUGCAGCGUCGCCGUCCACGACUCCCGCGCCUCCCUCGCCACCACACUCGAAGCGCACACCCUCAUCAUGCUAACCGAGCUGCUGCGCCUCUCCCCCUCCGUCUGGGGCGGCCGCGUCAUCACCCCCGGCGCGACGGGGAGUAACAUCCUCGCCAUCGCGACGGCGCGGGACGCGCUGCUGGAUCGUCGGCUCAAGGCGCGGGGACGCGCGGAGACGGUCGCGAGUGCGGGGGUUGUGGGAGCGUGCGUGCAGGCUGGGGUGAGGGGUAUGCAGAUCCUGGGCGCGGCGGCGCAUAGUAGUGUGCAUAAGGCUGCGGGGGUGUUGGGGUUGGGGCGGGGGAAUGUGAGGGAUGUGGGGGUGAAGGGGGAGCCGUGGAGGUUGGAUUUGGAGAAGGUGAGGAGGGAGGCGGGGAGGGAGGGGUGGGUGAGUGUUGUGGUUGUGGGGAUGGGGGAGGUGAAUACGGGGAGGUAUUUUGGGGGGGAGGAGGAGAUGGCGAAGUUGAAGGGGUGUUUAGAGGAGUGUGCGCCGGGGGCUGCUUGGAUUCAUGUUGAUGGUGCUUUCGGGAUAUUCGCUCGCUCGCUCCCCGAAACAGAAGAGUUCGCCUCCCUUCGAGCACAGUCCGAAGGGCUGCAAUAUGCCGACUCCAUAACCGCAGACUGCCACAAAGCCCUCAACGUGCCAUACGCAUCCGCCGUCCUCCUCACCCGCUCUGAAACCAAUCUGAACAAUGUCUGUAACAACGGCGCAGCCGCCUAUCUCAAGACUUCCGCCACAGACCCCAUCCCUUCCCCCCUCAACCACGGCUUGGAGAACUCGCGCCGCUUCAGCGCUCUGCCUAUCUAUGCCGUGCUCCACGCGCAUGGGCGCGAGGGUCUGGCCCUGUUGUUUGCUACGCAGGUGCGUCUCGCGAGGGCGGUGGCAAGUAUGAUUCGGGAGCUAGAGGCGUAUGAAUUACUUCCCACGGCAGAGGUGGCGGAGGUGGGUACGAUCGUGCUCUUCCGCCUGAGAGACCAGGAGCGGAAUGAGGAGCUCCUGGGACGGAUGAACGCUCAGAAUCGGAUCUAUGUUAGUGGAACCAGUUGGGAAGGGAGACCGGCAGUGCGGGUUGCGGUUUCGGGGUGGGAGAUUGAUAUUGAGAAGGAUACGAGUGUUAUUCGAGAGGUGCUGAAGGCAGCUGAGUAGUUAAUGAUGUGGGAAGGCCGUAGGCUUAUAGGUUUAUUACCCAUGGUGAAAAUGUUCGCGGGAUUUAAUGACAAAGAAAAAAAUUCAACAUAUAAAAGAUAGCGGAAUAUAAUUGGUCUAGUGGUUUG